AUGCACGCAGGCAUCUCUCUCUUCCCUCUCUCCCUGCUAGAGAUGUGUACAAUACGCCCACCUACUCCACUCCCUUCUACUCCCAUCACAAUCUCAUCAUCAGCCCCACCUGCAUACCGCUCCCCCCUCUCCCUCACUCCCACCCACGCCCACCCUCUACCAGGCUCAUGGUCAUCCUCCCUCCUCUCCCUUCGUAUCCCAGCACCUCACACCCUCCAACCCAAAUUCACAGCCCGUCUUCGUCUUCCCUCUAAAGCACUCACAAUACCCUUCAACCCGACCUUCUACUCUCUCCCGAUACCAACUCCGACGCCCUACGUCGCUCUCCUCCCUAUCCCCCUCCCUCGACUCCCUUUACCACCGAAGGGUUCCCUCCAGCUCUUACUGCUCAACCCCGAACUCCAGCCUCUGCGCGCUUUUCUCGUACCCUACGACGUGCGACAUCUGCCUCCAGGAGGACGGGCAAUCGUCAGGCAGACACUGUACGCCGAAGGGGUGCUGAAGUAUGCCGUGCAGUUCGGGGUUACCUGCGACGAGGAGGGGGAGGAGAUGGACAUGCCCGAACUCCCUUCUUCCCCUCUCUCCUCCUCCUCCGCCUCUUCCUCAGGCGCAUCAUCCCCCCUCCCAUCCCCUCGUCACCCCAAACCGCACAUCCACCUCCAACCCAACAUCCGUAUCGUAUUCUCAAGCAGGGUCGAAGACUCCCCGCUAAAGAUCAAGAACGAACAAGAAUGUUCGUUCCCUUCCUUCCCCUCGUUUCCUUCUCCCUCUUCCUCGCCCUCUGUGCCCCUUGCACCGGGGUUGGAUCCUUUCAUCCCCCCUGUGGCUGGGAUAGGGGCAGGGCCAACGGUGGGAAGAGAGAUAGGGGAACCAAGCACCAAAUCCCCCUCCUCUGAACCUCCACUCCCUCCCUCCGCUCCCUCCCCACCCUCCCCAAGUCCCCUAACUCCCCCAAAGCCAAGAACCCGGCUCCCCUCCACCCCUCGCCCUUCUUCCCCGACGACGACGACGAAGUUCUCCCUCCCUCUCUCGCCCAGACUUGGACCCACCCUCGCCCUCUCGACAGAGAACGUACAGCGGGAAUCUGUCAGCGUUGGCGUCGGUGUGGGUGUGGGUGUGCAUAUCCCGGGAGAGCAGUUCGGACCCGGGAGGGAUGAGAGAAGAGGCAGAACGAGAGGGAGAGGGAAGGGGAAGGGGAAGGCAAGAACGAGGGAGAGGGGAAGGGGGAGGGAGGAAGAUGUCGACCCCCAGCUGGUGGAUACCUCGCGGGAGGAAACAGGACCUCUGAUACCGAUAUCGGGGAAAAGGCUGGUUCAGAGGCAGUUCAUGCCCCAUGCGCAGAUGCAGAUGCAGGUGCAGGCGGAUAUGGGCAUGGGCAUGGAUAUGGGAUGGGAUGGGAGACCGAGUCGCGCACUUGGGAAAUGGGCGGACGAAGCUGUGAUCCGCUGAUUCUUUCCCUUCUGUGACAACCCUCUCGGCUGGUGCUUCUCGUCUCCUCUUGGUUCGGUUCGGCAUCAGCUCCCGGCGCUCGGACAUCGGACUUGAACUGAACUCUCGUGACUAUUCCUCGAAUGAUGGACAAUCGACUAUCGGAUCAUACCCGUUCGAUCCUCCCCUGAACAGACGUGCUCAACUCCAACUCCAACUCCAACUCGUCCGCUCUCCGACUUGUGAGCAACUGGACAACCUCUUACGCCUAAUUCCUUGCCCCUCCUCAUGCCGACCUACCCGACCUACCCCAUCCUACCCGUACCCGUAACCCCGGAAGGAGCAGUCUCAGCUCCCAACCGAUAAGCUUUAGGAUUGCAGCGAAAUCGAUCGGACACUUCCUCUCUUGGCACUUAACUGGACUCUUUGGAUCUUGGAUCUUGGAUUCUCAAACCCUCGGAACGCUCGCUACGCUCAGAUGAACGGAUGGACGGACGGACGGACAAAUCCUAGGAUCCUCCGAUACUCGAUCGAGUCAAACUUGGAACAUGCAUGCUCGACCUCUCAAUCCCUGAAACUGGAUUCCUCGGACCAUCCAACCCUCGGACCAACAAACGCUUAAACCCUCGAACCCUCGACCAAGCACUGAGCCCAAGUCGUCCAAUAACCCAAGUUGAAUCCUCACUCUCAUUCUCCAAAGAAUGAUUUCCCACCUCUCAGCACCCAAACGCUCAAACUCUCAAACUCAAACUCUUGAACAACUCGACUCGAACUAUCACUCUAACUCGC